AUGCUGUAAUAAAAAAAAUGCUUUCAUGAUCUUCUUGAGUUUUUUUACUCUUCUCUAUCAACACACUCUCAUCUUCAAGUCAAUCUUAGUGGACAUAUAAUGGAGGAUGAAGAAUUUUCAAUUUUAUUUUAAGCAUUAACUAAAUGCACAAAUGUUUCUACUUUACAUCUCGAACUAUACCAAAAUUAUAUUGAGGAUAAUAACUUAGCACUUUUAGGUUCUGCUUUAGCAAACAGUCUAAAUCUAUCAGAUUUAACAGUAAAUCUAGGCUGUAAUUAAAUUUAAGAUUAAGCUACAUCAAGUUUAGCUGAGGCAUUAAAAGCGUGUACUAAAAUAUAAAAAUUAUAACUCUUUCUCAACGAAAAUUAAAUCGGAGACUCAAGUAUAUAAAAUUUAAGCUCUGGUUUAUCUAGCUGUGCAAACCUUUCAGCUUUAACUCUUGAUCUAAUGAGUAACAAUAUUGGGUCAUAGGGAGCCUUACACUUAAGCUCUGCUUUAGUAAAAUGCUCAAUGCUUUCUACUUUAAAGAUCGAACUUUACAAUAAUCAAAUUGGGGAUGAAGGUUUAUCAAGCUUAGGUCAUUCAAUAGAAAAUUGCAUUAAGCUUUCUAAUUUACAUAUUGAUGUUAGUGAUAAUUAAAUAAGUGAUGAAGGUAAGUUAAGAUUUGGUAUUGCUUUAUAAAAAUGUAAAAAUCUCUCAAAUUUGAACAUUGAUUUGCUCUACAAUAAUAUUGAUGAAGACGAAUCUUAGUUUACUUUUAUGAAUAAAAUUCUUAAAAUAAAGAAAUUAAUUAAUAAAACUAUUAAUACUUGA